UAGGAGCUGCUGUAGAGAAAUACAUGUCUUCCAGCUGCAAGAAAAACACCCACUUCACCCAGUUUGAUGGCUUUCUGGAGCAGAGAGUGACAUGGGAACAUUCAGGGGUUUAUGUGGAUCCCUGUGGCCAAGUGUUUCCUUCCAGCCGGACCAACACUCAGAGCUUCUACUCCCAUCUUCCCGGACACACCCACGGCCAUGGUAACAGCCACGACUCCCAGCAUGCCUCUGGACCAGGCCAUGCCAGCGGGUCUGGACACAGACACAACCAUGCCCACGGCCACCAGCACUCCCAGGGAGCCAGCAGUGGCCCCAGGAACACCCCCAGACCAGGCCUUGCCCCUGGCCCCAGACAUCACCACAGCCACAGUCAUGCUGGGCGGGCUAGCAGCCACAACCACGGCCCUCCUUCCCCCCCAGAGCAUCCCUUCCAGCCCCAGCAGGAGCCUGAGGAGGAGGAGAGGGUUCAGAAGGAGGAGUCUGGAUAUGAACACGCUGAGGGGGAGGAGUCACAUCAGGCUCCGCCCCCUGGGAACAGAGACGCUUCCCGCCUCAUGACAUAUCUACAGGAGAAACAGGUCCAGGACUUGACCAAUAAAAUUGUGUCCCUUCGUGAGGCAUUUCAUUCACUCCUGACACAGGACACCACAAAAAACUUCCUGCUAGUUGCAGGAAGGAUGAUUCUUUCAGGGCUGGUCCAGCUCAACCAGGUGGAUGUUAGUUCCAUCAGCACAUCGUUCAACCGCCUGGUGAGCUACAUUGAAGAUCCCGCCCACAGGGCUGGGAUAGAGAGGGAGCUGGCCUCUGUCAAUAUCCAUCACACCAACUUCCUGGAUAUUGUGUAUGAUUUCAUCAUCCUGGGAGUGAUGAAAAACAAUGCUGCCUUGCCUCCACAAAACAAGCAGGAACAGGGAUUUCUUGAUCACCUUUUUAAGGUGCUGGAGCCAAUCCUAACUCCUCCAACUGGAUGGCAGCCCUGUGCCAAAAUGUUCCAGGAAGUCCUUCAGGUCCAGCUAAUGAAGUUGCUAGACAGCAUCUUAGAUCUGGACGAGUCCACCUUCAGCCAAGCUGACGUCCUAUCAGCUGUGCUCUUCAGCCGGCUGGAGGGAAUCAUCCAGGAGCUGCUGGGAGAUCUGGAUGGCUGCUGACUUUCACAGCCAGACCU